AUGCAAGCCUCCUCGUCGGUCUCUACGUCGACCUCUGCCGCUCAUUUACAGACCAUCCCCAGCAUACCCAUCGCAAACCAUGCGCCGGUGACCAUCGAUCCAGCAACCCUCUUGGGGGGCACCUUCACUCCACCAGCCUCUACUUCAGCACCAACAUCAGCAAUCGUCGCAGGGGGCUCAGCAUCAAACUUGAUCGCCGUCAAGCAAGAGCCAGACGAUGCAUCGUCUCUUUCUGCACUUCAGCAUGUUACCACGGACGGUGCCGGCGAUAUCCUCCUCAACAACCAACAGCGAUCAAUAUCAGCAGCACCGUUCAGCAACGGCAAGACGCAAUCACGACGUGGCAACGAGUCCGACUCCGACGAGAUCGACACGAUCGACGUGAAAACAGGGACGAAGCAUGACGCUGCUUCUAUGGUCGAUCAGCUGCUCCAGAGCGACCACAAAUCCAUUCUCCGCCCUGAUCUGUCACCAUUCGUCGAUGCGCGUGAUGCUCUGCGCAGGCUGUUGCCUUACCACAUCUGGAACAUUCCUCACCACGACUUGCUCAAAGCGCUCGACUUGAAAGAGGAUCCCGUCCUCAGUGAAGUUAGGUCACGCAAACGUCGUCGCAUUGCCCAUCUCGACGAUUGCAAAAUUGCGGCGGCAAGCAACGAUGGAAUAGCAAGGGAGGCUCCCCACCUUACCGGUGCAUCCGCUGAGGCCAACAUGGCACCGGACAAAGUGCUAAAGGACAGUGACACUGUCAAGAUGGAACCACAUGAGUCUAUCAGCGAGCUUACCCCGUCAAAUCUGCGAAUCGAUGACGACGCACUCAACGAGUUGGGUCUCCCAAUACCAUUACCACAGGUACCACAGCCUGCGUUCCCCACUCUCGACUUCGUCGAUUCCGUCUUUGCGCGGAGACAUGCUCUGGCUUCGCGGUUCCGACGCACACUCACCGCACUCGACACCCACCACAAACGUGCACCCAACACUUCACUCUCCCUCGAGCAUCUCGAAAGGCUCGCGUACAAUGAUGAUCGUGAGGACGUGUUAGCGCAGAUCGAAGAGCUCAAGGAGCUCAAGGCCAAGCUCGAGGCGUUGGAGCAGAGCAGGCAGAUCGACGUUGCUGAAUCAUCAGCCAAGAUCAAGCUCCGCUUUGGUAUUACGGACGAGAUUGAACGCGAACGCGAAAAGGAGCGAGAGCAGGAGAGGAUCAAGCGUCAACAAGAGAGAGCUGCUGCCAAGGCCGCUAAGCUCGAGAAGGAGCGCGAGGCAAGGCAUCGGUUGGGCAUCUUUACACCACCACCAGAGCCGCCAGCGCCUGCAAUUAGCAGCGUGCCUGCUGCACCAUCGCCUGCCUCGACUUCGACAGCCACUUCAGCACCACCCAUAUUGUUCGCUGGCGGCGCUCCAACAGCAGCAGCAGCCGGGUCGCUAGCCAUGCCCAGUCCAUAUUCAGCAGUCAGCACGCCAGCGAGUACACCGGGAGGCUUUCCAUUCCCGCUUGGUACCAGCUUAUCGUAUUCAACAGCCUUCCAGCCAGGGUCUAAUGGCCUUCCCAUGCCGUCACCGCAAUUUGGCCACCCAUCGGCAUACGCAUCCAUGGCGGGCACUCCGCAGCUCCCAUUUGCGGCCAUGUCGGGAGUGCCGCCUGUGGGACCCAAUGGCGUACCAAUGCCAUCAGGUGUCGUGCCAAUGGGCACCCCAACGUCUGCGCCCCUCAUGCCCGCCGCCAACUCGAUGCCAGGCACGCCGUCGACUCCAGCAGCUGCAACGCCGUCCAAGCCGCCCAGCAAGAGCAAAGCCAAAGCUCCUACCGCCAAAGCUGCUGCUUCUGCGGCUACCGCAACCGGCGCCCCUGGUACGCCAGGUACUCCAGGCACGCCCGGCGUCACACCCGGGCCUACGCCGCAUCGGGGUCGAGGAAGACCGCGCAAGCAUCCAUUACCAGGUACGCCAGGCGGUCCACCCAUCCCCGUACCGCGCAAGAAAAAGGAUAAGCCAGCCAAGUCGCCAGCCGCAACAGUGUCGUCUGCGCAAAGUGCAACUGCCAUGUCGCCACCGACCUUACCACCAGGUGCGGUCGCCAUUGGUCUGCAACCUCGUCCACCGUUAUCGGCUUCUCCGGUGCCACCUACGAUGCCUGGACCAGCCCCGGGCUACUCUGGUGAGGCAUUCGUGUCAAUGCUCCCGCCUACGCCCACGCCGGUGCGACCGCCUGCGGGUUCGCCUCCAGGUAACGCAGCAUCGCCCAUGAUGGUUCGGCCGCCUACCAUGCAUCCGACACUGACCAGUGCGACGAGCCUCAACACGCCCCGACUUACUCCGCCAAUCAAUGCGUCGCCCUCGCCAGCAAGUUCAACUGCUGCGCCGGCCAAAACGACUCCAGCGAAGGCGAAUGGAGCCAUGCCAAAGCCGGCUACUCCACCAGCCUCUGCGGCCGCAACAGCUUCUACAGUCGCACCAGCGCCAGCAGCGAGCAGCGCCAACCCUUCCAUCCCAAAUCACCCCAUCCCUCUGCUGAUCCCAGUGGCAUCUCUCCCACGUCUUUCGGCGUUAGGGAUCCAGCCGACACCCAGCCCACACAUUCGACCUGUCAUAGGCCCCAACGGACAGCCUCAGGGUCUGCAAGGUCUGCCAAUUCCCAUCGAUCCAGCACAGAGCGUCCCCGCCGUUCUGCUGGGCAUCAGCGAAGGCACCGCAGAGACAGGCGCGGACGGCACAGCUUCAACUCCUGGUGGCAAGCAGCAGAUCCUGCACAUUUCAGUAGUGUUGAGCCGGUUGAGCCCGUCACAGCUGAGCGGGUUGGCCGUGCUCAUGCAGAGCUUGCAGGCACAGGUGGAGGCUGGUAAGCGCAAGUAG